AUGCCACCUAAAGCAGACGUACGCAAGCUAUUAAAGAAGCAACAACAAGAACGUAGCAAAGCAAAACGUAUUGAUCAUCCGUUUGCUAAAUAUGACUCGAUGGACCGGUUGAUGUGUAUCGUGUGUCAUUCGCCUAUUAAGUCUGAAGCUGUAUGGCCAGCUCAUCUUGCUUCAGCUGGUCACCGAGACAAUAUUCAAAAACUAAAAGCAUUGAAGCAACAACAACAGCAGCAGCAGCAGUUAAAAAGACGUGCGUCCACACCGCCUUCUCAAACAGAAAAUGAUACCCAAGAACAUAAACGUAUGCGUGUUGAUGAAGAUGAUACACAAGAUAUUGAACUUGAAGACGCGAGUGAUGAAGAUGAUAUGAAGUUACCCAAUGACUUUUUUGAUCAACAGCAACAAGAGGAACCAGUGGAGGAACCAGCAGAAGAAACAGUGGAAGAGUCAGUGGAUAAUAAUACGUUGCCUGCUGGAUUUUUCGACGAUCCUGAAGAAGAAGCACGCGUUCAAGGUACUUUACCACCUGAAGAACAAGCCCAGGUUGAUUUAGACAGAGAUUUACAAGAAUUCAAUGAAGCCAUGAUUGAGGUCACAAAGGAAUCAAGAGAAGUGCAAGAAGAAGACGAUGAAACGUUUUGGAGAGAAAGAAAUUAUGAGAUUUUUCAAGAACAAGCCAUGUUUGAUUCUCGAGUUGAAAAACUAAAGCAGCUACGAAAGACAGGCGAAACAAAAAUGCAAGUAGAUCAGCCAGAUCAUGAUGAACUAAAAACAAGUGUACGACAUAUUCUUGUCAGUAAACCAACAAAGCAAGAAGCAUCCAUGUUUGAUGAUGACGAUGAAAGCGGAAGUGAAGAAGAGGAUUGGCGUGCACAACAAUUAUAA